ACACACAGGCGCGUGACGAGCAGCCGUUCGAGAAAAAACUCAUCUAACCUCUUCUCGAUAAUUCAAUGUAAGCAAGUUUUUUUAAAAUCUUAUUUUAUUCGGUAUUUAUUUAUCCAAACAGACACGCGCAAUAUUUCGAGUUUUAACAUCUCUAGACUGAUUUUUUUUGUUUCGUUAAAGUCCUUCUGGACCAAAACGUUGGUUUUAAAUGGUUAGAUGGUUAGUUUGGCUGAUUGGUUUGUUCAUUAGUUAUUUGGUUUGUUGGUAGGUAGGUUUGAUUCAAGUUUGGCUGAUUUGUUGGUUGACUUUUCAGUCUGUUCAGUUGCUGAUAGGUUUGGUAGGUUGAUUUAUUGAUCAAUUGGCUAAUGUUUGUCUGGUUUGUUCAUUUGUUUGAUGAUUGGCUGAUUGGAUCAAUUCUUGUUUUGUUAAUUAUAUGGUUUAUUUAUUGAUUGAUUUGUUUUUAAGUUGGUUGACUGACUUGUUGGUUGGUUAGUUCAUUGUUUGGUUGAUUGAUGAUAAAUUGACCAAUUUAUUGAUACAUGAUUGAUCAUUGAUUUAUUACCAGACAGUCGCUAUCAUGACAGCAGGAGGCGUGUCUGCUCCCCUCAUCAUCCCCAUCAUCCAAUUGCAGACACACAGAGCCAAAAACCACAUUGACACCAACACACUGGUCUCCAUCCACUCAGGUAAAACACACACCUGCCUCCAUCCACUUGAGCGUAUCUUCACACCUGUAUUGAUGCAGAGUAGAUUUCCGAGUGUUUGCCUUGGGUUUUGCUUGUCAGACUGCCCUUUUCAGGUUGUCCUAACUGGUUUCACAUCAGUGUUUUCAGUUGUGAUGUCUUUGCUCCAGGUAUAUUUGACAGGUGUGUCCAUCUCCUCAGAAACUCCAAGUGUGCAGAUCUUUUACACUUUGGACAAGUCGAAGCCUUCAGUGGGGAAGCAAGGGCCAGUAGGUAGCAGCAGGAGGUACAGUGGGCCCAUCCUGCUGCCUGCUGGUCGAGUGUCUGUCAGGGCCAUUGCUGUUACCAGGUGAGUCCUCUCCAUUGCAUAGGUCAUCACAAGUCAUCACAGCAUCUAUUGAAUACUAUUUACUGAACAGUGUGUGAAAUAAUAAUUUCUGUACGUUCAGUGACGGCAGAGACAGCUCCGCAGUGACAAAAGUUUUCUCUGUUGAAUACAAGGAUCCGAAGAAUGAAAAUGGACAGCAUUUUCUACAAACAGACCAGCUGGUAAACCAUGUACUGUUUGAAGAUUACAUUUCCUAUCAGUACCAUGACCUUUCUGCUUCAGAGUCUGAAUGUCUUGAUUAUUAAUAAGUUAAUGAUUUUAGAAAGUCUCAAUGUCCUGUAAUCCUGCCACAAUGAUCAGCGGGUACUCUUUAUUUCAGGGGGUGGCUGAAGGAACCUGGUGGUCUGCUGAGAAUUCUGCAGGUUUACCAAAACCUCCAGGUGUGCUCCAAAGUUAUUUCCAAUACAUGUAAAUGUUUUUCCCAAACUACAAUUACUGAAAACCCCCUCCUUGAAAUCCUGGGUGACCAACACAAAAAAAUCUCUGGAAAUACCCUGGUGAAGGGUUUAGUGUUUAACUCCUCAUCUCACAUUUUCCUUUAAGUUCAUACCAGAUAAACUAUCUGAGGCAGGUGCAGGGAGAGCACACCCUUCCUCUGUUUUGGGUGUAUACAUGACAAGCCAAAGCAGGGAGAGUAUCAGCAAAGACUCCAGGGGUACAGAUCAGAGCAACAUCAGUGCCAAGUGCUCACAUGAUACUGUGAAAGCAGACACAUCAUUAGAAGGAGGGGCUACAGUGGGGGCAGGGAGAGUACCAAGGGAGCCAAUACAAACGGCACAGAAAAAAAAAAUACUUGUGUGUCAGCCAAAACGAGUCCAAAAUAACAACAUAUUGGAUACUGGAAAAAAUCCAGUAUCCUGCAUCCUUAAAAAGCGUAAUUCCAGCUAUUCAAAGUUAAUCCUGUGUAAAAGCAAUGAUUUAAGACAAAAUUUUUAAACUUAUAGGUGUCUUGAUUGGUGUGUUGUAGCAGUUUGUCUGGAGGCUAAUGCUGUAGCUCAUCUAAACACAACCUAAGUAAACUUUUAUCAAAGGUAGUUGGAGUCAACAUUUUUAAUAUGGCAAGUGCCAUCUUUGGGCUUUGUAACACCACCUCAGAAACAAACUGGUGAUGAAGCUGAGACUACAGACAGGUUAAUACAGGACAUAAACAGCCCCAGCCAAGCUCAGUGCCAAAUCAACAUGUUGCUAAAGGAGUCACGAAUCAACUGCUCUGUGACAAAAGGGUUGACUUUCACAAAUCACGCAUGAUUGUAAUUUUCCUCUUCUUGUUUCCAGAGCCAAGGAAGAUGGGUAGUGCCUCUCCUCAGUCAGGUCCUAAUUUCCUGAACAGUCAACUGGGUUAUCCCAGCCCCACCACCCAAACUGGACCCUCUCAUUGCUCUCUGCCAGUGGUAGACAACCCAAAUAUCUCAGCUCAUCCACCUAACUCCACUGCUUACUGCUUAUAUAUAUAUAUAUAUAUAUAUAUAUAUAUAUAUAUAUAUAUAUAUAUAUAUAUAUAUAUAUAUAUUAACUGUUAUUUUAUUUUGUUUCCUGUCUGUCAGAGUCCAAGUGUCAUGAAGGAGCUGGACAACACAGAGAUGUCACGCAUCUGCAGAGAGACAGACUUUUUGCAGUACGAACAGGGACGCUAACUGCCUCCUCUUUCAUUCUUAUGAAUAAACAAAAACAUCAUCUGCAUCUUUAUCAAGAAUAUAACUAAAGGGGUCCUGAAGUGGAGUUCUGAGGGACUCCUUUUCCUAAAGUAACAAUAACAAUUCAAAGUUUUACACAGCAGCAAAGUGCACAUUUAAAAAAGAAUACAACUCAGCUAGUCUAUGUGUCUCCUUACCUCGGCCUCUGUGCCUGUCUUAAUCUUUCUCUAUCUGUCUUUAUGUCCAGGUGUGCUGGGUGUUUGAGUUUGCGUCCCUCAGAUCCUUUUGCUAGGUUCUGCUUUAAAUGUGGAGCUGCUGUUCCUGUGUUACCUGAGCAGAGACUGCCCCCUACUGAGGGAGGGCAGGUACUGUACAUACACCUGAGCACAGUCAUACACUCCGAGGGCUCUAUUUUCGUGCCUCGCCGGUGAGGCGACGGAGGGUGGCGGACCCCGCGCAGUUGUAUUUUCAUCUGGCGGAGCCCGGCGUACAGCCAGUUUGGUAUUUUCGUGGACUGAUGCGCACGGAGGUGAUCCGAGAUCCGCCAAGCUGGGUGUGGUGGUGUGGCAGGGGGAGGUGUCGACAGAAUCAGCGGGCGCAGUGACAUUUUUGUGCUCGCCAGUGGCGUGUAAAGUGCGCUGAAAGCUCGCCGAUUCAAACCUGGUCAGCUUUCAGCGCAGGCGGAGCGCAGCUGGUCUAGAGGUAUUUUGGUAGACCGGCUGUGUAUCGGCAUACGUCACCGAUGCCUCACCGGCAGGUUUCCACAGUGUCAGGCACAUUUCAGUGCAAUAAAUAAUCAUCAACAACUAUUAAUCUGAGUCAGCAUAUACAUUUAGAUCUAUAUAGAUAUAUUCUGCUCUAGAUAUCUGAUCUGAUGAGCGCGUUUGGCACGCGUUUGGACACACAACCUGACCGAAUCAACACAGCUGAAACCACAUUAAAUUAAAUGAAAUAUCUAGUAAAUAGACACACAUGAUGAAGUCAACAAGAUAUUCAAUUUGUCUCCCUCCUUUUCUUUCUUCCUCUUAUUUAUCGCGCAGCUCGACCUGGACAUGUCUCCGUGUCCUCUCUCCGUCCUGCAGCAGCAGCUGCAGCGGCUGAACAGAUUUGUUUCAGUGAUAAGAUGAGUUAUUUACUUUAAGCCCACAUACGAAUAUUAUAAUAUUCAGUUUUGUGAAUCAAAUUUAUUUUAUAUGCCAACAUCUAUGAAAGAAAGAGCCAGGCCACAGAGCGCGAUGUGUCCAUUAUGCACAGGUGUUUCCGAUUUAAUGCCAUUUUUGGAGUUUAUGUUGUGAUCUGUGCGCUCAACCCACCUUUGUCAUGUGAAGUUUAAAUGUAUGCAACUUUAUGUGAGUGUCUUUAUUUGUGGAAAAGGGUGUUUGUCUUACCAGUGGGUCCAACAUUACACACACCAAAUCCGUCUGUGCUCAUAUCAGAGAGUGUGAAGGACGCCCAAUGCAGCGCUUACAGUGACACUUGUUGAGGAGCUGCCUUCUGUUGCCAUCGUGUGGCAUUACUGUCCUCAGACAUCUCUUGAUCUCUUUGACUACUUCCCGAAAAUAGUAAUACGCCUCGCCGGUGGCGGAUUUAAAGGCAAGGAGAGGGGCUUAUGUAAUUGGUGAAAACAGGUCUCGGCUGUGUGAAACCCACUCUACGCCCUGUCUCCUCCCUCACUAUGACUUACGCCGCUGGGAGGGGCUGAGUUAGGGAGGGGGGAUGCUUACGCCGGGCUGCGCCGCUCACCAAAAUACCAAAUUGUGCUUGGGAACGCCUUGUCGGCGCGGCGGACCUGACUUACACCGCGCCUGCGGCACGUCUCCGGCGAGGCACGAAAAUAGAGCCCCAAGUGUCCAGAUACCUAUUAUUCCUGGGGAUUUUUUUUUUUUACUUGGGCAGAAGUUUGGUGAACAGAGUACAGAGACAGAGUAAAGGGGAAUAUAUUAAUCUGUCCUCAGUUAUAUGAAACCAGUUCACUUCUGAGUAAAUGUGUGUGUGUGUGUGUGUGUGUGUGUGUAUGUGUGUGUGUGUGUGUGUGUGUGUGUGUGUGUGUGUGUGUUUUGUUGUCAGAAGGUAUGCUGUGUGUUUUGUAACACUCUGGUUCCUGUGAACACUCAGUCCUGUGUAAUCUGUGACGGCUCCAUCCAGCAGCUCCUUCAGCCACAGUCCAGCCACUCCCUGCAGGUAGCGCACACACACACACACACACACACACACACACACACACACACAUUACACUUUCUGUACUAACACAGUACAGAAAGUGUUAUCCUGUUAUCCCAACAGGAUAACACUUUCUGCUUCCAUAACCUGCUCUCAUUCAAGAGGUCAUCCAAAUGAACAAUAUAUAGAACAUACACUACCUUUUAAAGAACGAUUUGGGAUUAUAGAAAGUCAACAUUAGCCUUGACCUAAGGUAAACAGGGUGUUAGUGGGUUUGCCUUAAUAUUUUCCCCCAAAAAGAAAACAUCCUACUUAUUAAAUUCUGCCACAUGACAGAAAAAUAAACAAAAAGUGAGGUCAGAGGAAAAUAUAUAAAUAAUAAAGUAAGAUAAAUAAAAUAAAGUGUCUAAUAAAUCAAUGUUUCACAUACGAUAAACAUGAGUGCAUCGGGGGCACAUCAGUCAAACCAAGGACUCACUGAGACAAACUUAAAAUGUUUACCAUCUAAAUUAGGACCAAAAAAAAAAAAAUAGAUAGAUAGAUAAUAGAAGAUCACCUUAUCUGAUGUGUUUCUCUGAUGUGUCUGUUAAAAGUAACUGUAUUGUGCGUUUGUGUGUCUGUAGGAUCACAUUUUGUGUGUUUGUUGUGGUAGUGGAAAUCCAGCCCACAUCUCCCACUGUCUGACCUGUGAGAGCUGUCUGCAGCAGGUAACACAAGCACACUAUGCUCAUACCAUACUGUACACUUGGGAUACUUGACAGAUGAUGUGUAAGGAGUGUCGCAAGGUAACUACAGGUGCAGCUCAAAAAAUUAGAAAAAAACUUUUUAUUCCUAUGAUUUAAUUCAUAUUUUCUAGAUUUGUUAGACACAAAGUAAAAUAUUCCUCUUUGAAAAAUAUUGAUGAUUAUGGCAUACAGCUCACAAAAAUCCAAAAUCCACUCUCUCAAAAAUCAGAACAUUGCAGAAAAGUCCAGUUUCUUGACAGUUCUUUCGGUCCUUAAAGAGCUCUAACAAACUGAUUAACUCUUAACACCUACAGAGGUUUCCUGAGCCUUUAUUCUCUCACUCUGGGUCAGUCCACACAACCACAGUCACAGUUCAGACUGCUGACUGACAGUUGGCCACAAGACCAUCAUUGCUUUUCUCUCAGUUAGAAACUCUCAUCAGAAAUGUUUAUCAGGUUUUUAUUCAUCUGCAAAUAUUUAACCGCUCAUCUCCUGUGUGUUCAUGUGUGUGUUUUUGUGGCUUUGUAGGUGCCACGUGUGGAAAACAGCACUCCCUCUGUUUGCUCAGCAGACAGCAGGUUGUUGUCUUGCUCAAGGUGUAAACGUUUAAACCACAGUGAUGCCAGAUACUGCGACUGGUGCGGGUCAAAGGUGAGGACACACUCAAACACCUGAACUCACUGUUGAUAAUUUGAUGUUAGCAUUAGUGUUCAGGGUGUGUCAUUGGUGUUUAAUCAAUUCAAAUGUAAAGGUUUCCUGCCAACUUAAGUUAGCAUCAGUGGAUCUCAUUGAUGAUGGUUGGAUGGUUUCUACCUUAUUUGUAUUGUUGGUGCAGCUAGGCAAACUGUUCCUACCUUAGACUGUAUAUAGAAUGGACAGAGUCUGCCUCCUUGCUGGGUGAAGCCACUCUGAGAACAGCAACCUCUGUUGAUGGGCUGCAGUAUAGGUCAUAAAUCCCGCCUCCUCCAGCAAAGCUUAUGGAGCUGUGGACAAACUUUAGAAAUUAAUUACACAAAACAUGCAUUUUUCUCCCCCCUGCUUGUGAUGUUGACAUGUAGUUACAGUAAGACUGGUUUGUGCUCAUAUCCUCUUUUUUCUGUGAAGCUCCGUUUUUAAAAGUUAUUAGGGGGUUCAUAUUUUCUGUGAUUCACACCUGAUACAGCCUAUUGGCGUUCAGGGAUACGCUGUUUGAGCCGAGCGUCAUCACAGCGACUCGCAGCGACUCCCCCACCGAAUGCGCACAACGCUGCUGCGCAGCGCUGGUUUCAGGAAAUGAAGAAAAAUCACCGAAAAACCGCAAGCUUUUUGGCUUCAAAUCCGUAUACAGGCGGUAGGCGGAACCAAGUUGUCCAUAGUAUAUACAGUCUAUGGUUCCUACAUGCUAAGCUAAUGCAAAGAAAAAAAACUUGUAAAAAAAAUUUGUAGCCUGGUCAUGCAGUCAGGUGUGUGACUUGUUGGCGAUGUGGAGCCAGUGGACACCCAUACGCCAUCUACUGUGCAGCCUGUGGCGUCUUCCUGGAAGCACCAGUCCCACCCACAUCCUGCAGCAGUACCACGCAACAUAAUGGGGGUGUGGCCUCCAAACAGGUAAGCUGCAUCACUAACAUCAUGUUCAUACAGUUCAAAACACAGCACAUCACACAUGAGCCCAGUUCCGCUCUUACUAUUCCAAAAGGCUUCAAAACCAAAUACCCAUAAUGCCACCUGGCAGGCCACACCCUCCUCUGACUCCAUCCAAAACAAGAAGCCAGCCACGCCCCCUAAAGACCAGUGCACACAGACUGUGGGACUCUAUUACCCAUCAGCCACUAAACUGCAGAGGAAGGAGCAACAAAGAACACUACAGCUUAGCAGACAGAACAUCAUCAGAGACUGCCAGCCGUUGCUGACCGCCAUCAGUCCAGGCAGAGGUAACACACGACGAACACUGUAUAAAAUUCACCUGCUACAACAGUAAUACGGGUACUGCUGCUGAGACAACAGCUUCACUGCUUCAUAUGGUCUCAAUGUGUCAUCAGGUUUCUGGAGGAAGCAGCUAGAUCAUGUGUGUGCUCACCUUAGGAGCUAUGCCCAGAACAAUGCCUCUUUCAGGGCUCUGCUGGGAGAACCACGCCUGGGCCGGGUACACAACAACUCACCUGAUCCUUGACUUUACCUCACCUGUAAUUUGUCCAUGUCUCAUCUGCACCUCUAACUUCAAGCUUCAUCUAUACAUCACUACAGGCCAAAAGUUUGGAAGCAAGAUCAGAUUUGUACAAAAAAAGAACAUAGUUUUAUUAAUAUAAUUUGCAACACGAUAAACAUGACUAUUGUGUAAAGAGUAACUUAUAAGAAGACACUUUGACUAUAAUUAUAGGUAUUUGAGUUAUUGUUGCUUAGACUUUUGCUUUCUUUAAAGUAACCUCCUCUGGCUUUAACAACAGCUUGGCAUAUACAAGGCAUUCGUUCCACAAGUUUUUUAAGGUAUGUUCCAGGGACUGCAUUCCAAGCUUUCUUCAGUUCAUUAAAAAGAGACUGCUGAUUCGUGGGACGUGCUUUUCUGACUGAUCGAUCCAAUUCAUCCCGCACAAGCUCCAUUGGAGAAAGGUCAGGAGACUGAAGGGGCCAAACCAUCUUUUGAAGAACACCUCCCCCUUCUUUUUUUGUCUAGGUAACCCUGACAGAGCUUGGCAGAGUGCUUAGGGUCAUUGUCUUGCUGCAAAAGAAACUUAUGAGCCACAAGUCUGAGUCCAGAUGGAGCAGCAUGGUGCUGGAGGAUGGAGUGAUACUGUUCCUUCUUCAUGAUACCCUUUACUUCAAACAAAUCUCCUACUCCAUCACCUGCAAAACAUCCCCAUACCAUGGAACUACCACCUCCAUGCUUAAUUGUGGGUGCAACACAUGGUGCUUUCAGACGUUCACCAGUUUGUCUGCGGACAUAGACUCUGCGUUUUGAACCAAACAGUGCAAACUUGUUUCUAAUCAUCUUAAGUCCAAUUUUUGUGAGCUUUUGCCCACUCAUAUCUCUUUUUCUUAUUCUGUGGAUGAAGUAGUGUUUUUUUUGCAGAUACACAACCCUUCAGACCAGCUUUUAUCAAACGUCAUUUCACCGUUGUCAGAGAUAUGGAUUUCGACCUUGUCAUGUUGAUUUCCUCCCUUAUUUUUGGUGCUGUCUUUUGCCGAUCUCUCUUACUGGUGACAAUGCUAUGUUUAUCCUCUGCUUUUGUAGUAACUUUCUUUCGUCCAGGUCUUUUUCUAUCAUCAUAACUUCCAGGUUCCUCUAGUCUCUUCAGAGUGUAGUGGACUCCUUUGUUAAACACCUUUAGGCGUUUUGCAAUUUCUCUUUCUGUAUAUCCUUCUUUCCUCAAUGUACGAAUCUGUAUUUUUGUUUCUUUACUCAGUUGCUUCUUUCUAGCGAUUUCUGCAGUAGUUUGAUGCAGUUGAAAUUUAUCAGGAUUUUUGUAUGCAGACUCUCAAAAGCCAAAAGCCAAAGUUGAAGUGAAUAAUCCAACUGUGAUGUGUUUUUUUGCUUUUGCACUGAAGUUGUGACUCUUGCAAAUGUUUUCAACCCUAAAACUAAGCCCUUAUUAUCUUUUGCUGACAUAUAUUUAGCAAUGGUCUGUUAACAUCAAUGUAUAUCUAAAGGUAAAUGGAGUAAAAUGGUGCAUUUCCAUGAAAGCAACAUCUGAUCAUGGAGUAAAUACAUCCCAAAAUACAUAAAACUCAUGCUGGAUUUAAAAAAAAGCCAUUGUGAACAAAAACUUGAAGUUACUCCCAACUGUUAAGCCUGCAAUGGCCUUGCUUCCAAACUUAUGGCCUGUAGUGUACAUGACCAAACUAAGUAUGAAUUCAGCACAGAAAUACACACACACACAUACACUCACCGGCCACUUGAUUAGGUACACCUGUCCAACUGCUCGUUAACACUUAAUUUCUAAUCAGCCAAUCACAUGGUGGCAACUUAGUGCAUUUAGGCAUGUAGACAUGGUCAAGACAAUCUCCUGCAGUUCAAACCGAGCAUCAGUAUGGGGAAGAAAGGUGAUUUGAGUGACUUUGAACGUGGCAUGGUUGUUGGUGCCAGAAGGGCUGGUCUGAGUAUUUCAGAAACUGCUGAUCUACUGGGAUUUUCACGCACAACCAUCUCUAGGGUUUACAGAGAAUGGUCCGAAAAAGAAAAAAUAUCCAGUGAGCGGCAGUUCUGUGGGCGGAAAUGCCUUGUUGAUGCCAGAGGUCAGAGGAGAAUGGCCAGACUGGUUCGAGCUGAUAGAAAGGCAACAGUGACUCAAAUAACCACCCGUUACAACCAAGGUAGGCAGAAGAGCAUCUCUGAACGCACAGUACGUCGAACUUUGAGGCAGAUGGGCUACAGCAGCAGAAGACCACGCCGGGUGCCACUCCUUUCAGCUAAGAACAGGAAACUGAGGCUACAAUUUGCACAAGCUCAUCGAAAUUGGACAAUAGAAGAUUGGAAAAACGUUGCCUGGUCUGAUGAGUCUCGAUUUCUGCUGCGACAUUCAGAUGGUAGGGUCAGAAUUUGGCGUCAACAACAUGAAAGCAUGGAUCCAUCCUGCCUUGUAUCAACGGUUCAGGCUGGUGGUGGUGGUGUCAUGGUGUGGGGAAUAUUUUCUUGGCACUCUUUGGGCCCCUUGGUACCAAUUGAGCAUCGUUGCAACGCCACAGCCUACCUGAGUAUUGUUGCUGACCAUGUCCAUCCCUUUAUGACCACAAUGUACCCAACUUCUGAUGGCUACUUUCAGCAGGAUAAUGCGCCAUGUCAUAAAGCUGGAAUCAUCUCAGACUGGUUUCUUGAACAUGACAAUGAGUUCACUGUACUCAAAUGGCCUCCACAGUCACCACGUCUCAAUCCAAUAGAGCAUCUUUGGGAUGUGGUGGAACGGGAGAUUCGCAUCAUGGAUGUGCAGCCGACAAAUCUGCGGCAACUGUGUGAUGCCAUCAUGUCAAUAUGGACCAAGCUCUCUGAGGAAUGCUUCCAGCACCUUGUUGAAUCUAUGCCACAAAGAAUUGAGGCAGUUCUGAAGGCAAAAGGGGGUCCAACCCGUUACUAGCAUGGUGUACCUGAUAAAGUGGCCGGUGAGUGUAUAUAUAUAUAUAUAUAUAUAUAUAUAUAUAACAUGUGUAACAGUUUAUACCCCACCUCAUCGGUACCUCAGCUGCAAUUUUUCUCGUACCAUACCUGUACUUCACUAGUUACUCACUUGCAACUCCCCUGUUCCUUACCUGUAUCUUAUUUGAGUCCCUGUACCUUAUGCCUUGCCUACCCUUAUAAGACCAGUACCUUUAUGGCAACUUAUCUUGUUCUCAUCAGUACCUUACCAGUGCCUCACUGUCACUUUCUUUUAAGUUUCUUUUUUCUUAACCUGUACCCAUAAGCUGUACUCUACCUUUAUCUCACCUGUAGAGCAUAGAUGCUAUCUGAUACAAGACUGUAAGACCUGCGUGAUAACUGACUGAAGGUGGUCCCAGAGUAGCUACCUGAGCAGGUGCAGGCCAUGAUGUGUUUUCCAUGUGACCUGUCUGUCUCUUCAGAUGGUCUCUGCUGUGGUUCAGGAGGAUCGAUAUGAGGUCAGUCUGACUAUCAGCUUUGUGUCCACUGGGCAAGAAUCAGAGAAACAGGUGUGUACCAAAAGAUUUCAAAGGAAGUCUGAGAGGUUAACGUUUGAGUAUGUGUUUGACGUAAAGGUGUGUGUGUUCUCAGGUGGAUCCAGCAGGUACCAAUGCUGUUCCUGUGGGUCGGAUUGAGACUCUGAGCAGUGUUACAGAGCAAUCAGCAGACAGCAGCUGCUACAGUAAGAACAGAAAAUCUGUGACACAAGAAAAAAAGAUCAGAGCUCCUGAGUAAAUGGUGUUAAUGUACAUUCCCCACAGGUGUGGUGAAACUGUCCAAACAGGGGCUGACACCCAAACCUCUGGUGAGAAAACUAUAGGUGGAAACUCUCUGAUCUGAACUCAUCUGUGUGCAUCUGUUCUCUGCUGCUGUCUGACUCCAUGUUUAAGCUAAAAUGAAAGCUCUUCUCUGAUUGGCUCUGGUGUUAUUAAAGCUUCUCUCUGAUUGGCUCUCCAGGUAAAGGCUGAGAAGCUGUUGAAGGAGCUUGGUCCAGGUCGGGGUCAGAUCAGUGUCAUCCAAAAGCUCCUGGAUCAGGUACGAGUCUCUGCAGCCAAUCAGCAGCCCCUUCUGAUGACUUGACUUAUGGUGAGCUCUGAUUGGUCUUUUUGUGCUCUCACUGACCACCAGGGGGUAGACCCUUCCUGCUGCAACAGUGAUGGUCAGCAUGCUCUGACUGUUGCUGUGGUGAAUGGCCACCAUGAUGUACUUCCUGUUUUAGUGCGGAGAGGAGCGAAUGUGGACCAGCAGACUGGACCGUAAGAGACUAACAUCAUCACGCCUGAGAAUAAGAAAAAGACAUAUGUGCGAGCUCCACAGCCAAUAACUUAUUUUCCUCCUCAGGUUAAAGAACACAGCGCUGCAUGAAGCUGCAGCUCGAGGCUCUGAUGGUUUGCACUGUGCCAAAGUCCUGCUCAGGUAUGACAGACCCGUACAAUGAAACACACCUUAAUUUUCUUUUUCAUUCCACCCAUUUUACAUCUUUUGGACCAGAAACUUCAACUUUCAGACUAACCUUUGACCCAUUUAGGUCAUCUCUGCAGUUUUGUCUUUUCUUGCUGAUAUUAGUCAUAGUAUCUCAAAUUUUUGACAUUUUUUUCAGCCCAUUGAAAUGAAUGAGUGGUUAUAGUCAUAUAUAGAGUCAAAUAGAACAAAAGUUAAAGCACAUGACCUCCUUAUCCAUUCCUCUCUUUUUAGCUGUAAGGCGAGCUCAAUGUGCAGGAAUGGCAGUGGUCAGACAGCAUAUGAUAUGGCAGUGAACUCUGGCUGUAAUGAGAUGGUGUCUCUGCUGGCUGCUCAGACUGGACUGGAACUGCUGGGUAAACUGGGAAAGCCCAAAUUGAACCUGGACAUGUUUUGACAGCACAAACUGGACCUCCUUGCUUUCACUGAUUGAGCUGUUUUAAAUCAAUAUUGUUGUUUUAUAUUUCAACACCUCAGGAUGACUGGAGUCUACUGUUGUUGAGGGUGAAGGGGGAAUUUAAUAUUUACUGCUACGUAAAUUAAUUUAUUGUUGGAGUCUAAAUAAUGUGAUAGCAUAAAGGUGUUUUUGGUGUAACGUGAAUCAACUAAUCAGUGUCUCCUGUCAUUCCCUUACAGAACCAGGUGAACCACAAACAGGAGUGUUACUAUUUACAUAGUGGAUUUUUAUCUUUUUUCAGUAGACCAGCUCACGUGACCUCUCUCCUGAACACACAGAAAACAAACAGGAUGCUGUAGAUUAUACAGUAUAUUGAUGAUCUGAUUAAAGUUAAAUUUAUUAAUAACAUUAGAGGAGUCCUCACAAAUCAUGAGAAAAGUUACAUUUGUGUAUGCUAUGUGACUCAGAUAAUGUUUAUCAGUGAUUAACCCAAAGACACUGACACCAUCAGGCAGGGCUAGAAGUAGCUUGGCCCACCUUGUACCUAAAUCAAAGCAAUGUAAGCCAUUCAUAUUCAUGUGGUUAUGUUUGCUGGAUCACAGCUGUAUUAGACUGCAUGAAUAACAGACGCAAAAGCAUAGUCUAUUGUGUGGGUAAUGGCCACUUGACUGUAUUAGACUGUGUGCAUAAAAGACACAUGUCUGUGACAGACUAUGUGCAUAAUGAACACUUUACUGUAUUAGACUGUGUGCAUAAUGGACACAUUACUGUAGUAGACUGUGUGCCUGAUAAACUCUGGUCUGUUGGUACUGAUACCUCCAGGCACAGUUAUCAGCAGCAUCCAUAAUUAAGUUAGGGGAUUAUUAACUAUAUAGCUUAUUUGAGUGGAAGAGCAUGUGAGUAAGUGAAUCUUGAAAUACCAGUGAAACAGCUAACUGUACCUUCACUCUGACGGGGUGAUCAGACACCUGUGAUUACUCUGAUAAUAUUGAAACUUCCCUGAAACACCUCAGUGUUUCAGAGCACCCUUCAUCAUUUUAACUUUGUGCUAAAAAAGCUGCUGACUGGUAAAGAUCACUUGAUAAAUUCUGUUUUACUAUGCCCUUAAAAUAAAAUGUGCAUUCACUGUUA